UAGCUACUUACGGUUAUAUAUUGUUUGUUUUUUAGCUCAAAAAAUCUCACGGUCUGAUAGAUCUAAGUCCACCACGAGAAUAUCCACAUUAUAGUCAACGUUUAAAACAGAAGGAAGUAAGAAACUAGUUCUUUCAAAACUAAUUACUGGUGAUGCUAUGGAAUUUUUCCUUCACCGUUUUGCUGCAAUAUGAUGAAUAUAGGUUAAUUUGUGAACUGAUUAUGAAUCUAAUAUUCAUAGGGUAUUAUUGAAAAGUUUGACGAGUUGUGCCAGUUGACUAAUUCAGAUGUUAAGUUCGCAGGAUUUGUGGAUAUUCGUAGUUAUUGUAAUACUCAAUAUCCCUAGGUACUCAUAAUGGGUUCUUCAGAGAUUACCAAAAACCGAUGUUUGAAAAACAAGUAUCGCUUAUUAGUCAAGCUUGCGUUGCUCAUAAUGUUAUGCUAUAUGCGUGUUAUGAUUAGGCCCGUGAAUAUCAAGAUGCACUAAUCGAAGGUGAGAAUACACGUUUACGCAACAGCAUAAUGCAUGUAAUUAAAAUGGGAGGUUAUGUUGACUCAAGGAAUGAUUAUAUCAGAAGGAGUUUAAAUAGUGAUAAACGUAAACGUAUACAAGCUGAACACCAUCAAGCUAACGUCCGAUUAGUUCAAAAACUUCAUUCUACUCAGACUCUAUAUCCAACGAUUAAAUUCGAGUCUGAUUGGAAGAAACAACAGCGAUUCAAACAGCGUAUAUGUCGAUAUCCACAGGGUUGGGAACAGUUCAAAGAACCAGGUAUUAAAACUCCUCGUACACGUACAAGUAGUGUCAGUUUAGCACCCAUAGGUCCUAGUAAACGCACAAAGUCAAUUGAAAUUGAACAAAAAGCAUAA